ACAAAAAGGUUUUGCCAAGUCUAGUGAAAUGGCUCGGUUAGUUAUAGGCUUGAUACUACUUGUUGUGGGAAUAAUUGCAAAAGAAGUGCCUGUCUUCGAAACCGUGAAGGAUCAACUAGACGACAUUCAAGAUGACAUUCCGAAGGAUAUCCCAGAAAUAGACGAUGUUGAAAUCAUCCCAUCUAAUGGAUGUACCAUUGCUGUAAAUGGUGGCUUGCCUGAGCCUCAACCUCUUCUCCUUCGUCCAAACACUUUGAAUUUCUUUAAUCCGGAUCGGAAUGGAAUCAUAACAUUGGCUGAAAAUCAACAGAUCGAACUGUUUUGCUCUGGUAGUUUUGUCGCCCCGUUCACAAACACCAGAACAUUAUUUGCUACUUGCCAGGGCGGUAGCUUUGUGGUAAGUGGAGCUGCAAGAGUCUUCAAUACUCUCGCUUGCACUGGUCAAGUCGCACAUUUGGCAAGGAGAACGGGACAACGAUGUUUCGAUGGGUCAACUCAUUCUGAAGUAGGUUUUGACUUAGGUGGUGGCCGGUUUUUAGUUACCCACAAUGUAUGUCAUGAUGAAGUGGCUGAAGCUACCCGAUAUGUCUACUAUGAAAUGACACCAUCGAAUAUGGGUUGGCAAAGAAGCUUUCCACGACCUUCGUUUGUGACGGGCGAUUAUUUUGGCAGGAGAAACGUUGACAAUCUUUACACUCAAGUCACACAGCGACGGACGUUAUCUGGCAUUUUAGGUGAAGAGGUUGUAGAUCGAUUGUACUCCCUGCAUGCCAAUGCAUUUUUGGCUAGAGGUCAUUUAAUGGCUAACACGGACAACAUUUACGGAUCUCAAAUGAGGGCCUCAUUUUAUUUCAUCAAUGCCCAACCUCAAUUCCAGGUGUUUAAUGCUGGAAACUGGGAGAGUGUUGAAUCAGGAAUGAAGCAAUUCAUUGCCAAUCAAAAUUUAAAUGUUGAAGUUUACACCGGAGUACACGGCAUUCUGUCGCUGCGAGAUCAGCAUAACGUUUUUCGGCCAUUAUUUUUGGACUUUGAUGCUAACGGGCGCGGUUUGAUACCGGUACCGGAAUUCUAUUACAGAGUUGUAUUGCAUCGACCCACCAAUCGUGGCAUUGUCUUUAUCGGAAUCAAUAAUCCUCAUGCAACUGAACAAGAUAUCCAAACACGACACAUCCAUUGCACUGAUGUGAGUCACUUUGUGAACUGGGUUCCAUGGAGCAGUCCUGGACGUACAAGCAUACUGCGAGGAUACUCUUACGCAUGUAGUGUGGCUGAUUUUAGACGUGUCGUUACCAAUUUACCGCCUCAUGUAACGGCUGGCUCGUUACUGUUUUAAAUAAAUACUUGCUCAAUGCCAACAUCGUUGCUGAACAUAAGUAAAGCUCGUAUU